GCGGCUUUUCGGCCAACUAAAAAAUCAGAAGAAAGAACUUUCGGGGUGGGAACAAACACACACAAUACAUUCGUAGAACCACAACAAAAAAAAUAGAAUCCAAUGGCCAGUUGUGCGCCGGUGAUCGUGUGGAACGGUGCUCAGUUUACGGCCAGCAGCAGGGAACUGGAGCAGCUGCGUCGGGAUUACGGUCUGGAUGCCCGGAUGUUGGAGGCCACGCUAGUGCCGCGAUAUAAACGCCAUAAGCCGCAGGCAGCGGCCCGUAAUGAUCACGUCCGGUUCACCAAGGAGCAGCAAUCGGAUUGGAUCUUGAAGCAGGAUCGCAGCACCAACGUUAGCCAGGUGAACUUUCAUCCCUGGGCGGGUGCCCACUUUGAUUUGGUGCCCUGGCGUCGUACCCGAUCGGCUUUGGAUCUCACCUCUGUUGCGGAUUACAAUCACGGCCUGGUGGAUCCCAAGUCCCUUAAGGGUUUGGAGAAAUUGGAGCUGAGGCAACAGCGCAGGAGGCUACAGCGCGCCAGGUCCACUCAUCAGGGUCUCCGGCGAUUGGUUCGCGUCCGCCUGAUCUUCUCCAUUGAAUUGCGGCACAAGCGGAUGGAGGUCCUGCGAAAGAGUGCUCUGCCCAUUCGGGUGUUUGAGCAGCGGUUUGCCCUCUCCGAAAACGAGAGCGCCGCCUACGAGCGCAUCCUACUGGAUGCCAAUGCUGGAGUGGAUCAGCAUGUGGGCUACUUCAGCCGGAGGCAAAUGACCAGCCAGGAGUCCAAAGAGGAGCUGGUGGUGGACUUUGCCAGCGAAACGGAGGCGGAUGACAGGCCGGAGGAGGAGAAGGAUAGGGAGAAUCCCGAGGAGGCCCAGUAUGCCACAAUAGCCCCGCCAGAAAAGGGAGGCAGUGCAUCAGCACCAGUCAAGGAAUCCGGCCAGGUGCCAUGCGUCAAGUGCCGCGACAUUGCCAUCAAAUUGAGAACCAUAAACGAUUAUGCGCUCAAUUCGAAUCUGCACCUGAACCACAGCAACAAACUAAACAAUCUGCAGCUGAACAAUAAGCUGCUGCACAGCAAUCAAAACCACAGCGGCAACAUUAAUCCGAGCAGAAUGCACGCCCACCAGCUGGAUUCCUACCUGGGCGGUGUGGGCGGUAUGAUGAAUCUGGGCAACAUGGCCCAAAUGGGCCAGAUGCACCAUCCGGGGAGCGUUUCCGGCAGCGAAAGACCCAACGGAGGAGCACUGGCCCUCCACUAUGCCGCCGCUCGUGGCUGCCUUGAUUGCGUCCAACUGCUGGUCGCCGCAUCCGUGGAUAUUUGCUACUUCUCCACCAUCAACGUUAAGAAGGGCCUCCUCGGCCGCAUGACCACAAGUCUGACCUCCUACCGCCGCAGCAAGCAGAAGUCCAAGUCGAACAAUGACAUCCACACGAUCAUCGCCACGGAGGUAACGGCCGCCAUACUGAGCAGCAGUGUCCACAGCAGCACGGGAUCGGAGACCGAGGAGGUACAGACCACCACGCUCAUCGAGGAGGCGGCCCAGGAUCGCAGGAGUGAGGAACAGGAGAACCAGAGCCAGUCCCAGAAUCAGAAUCAGAACCAGAACCCUCACCACCACGCCAAGGAUCCACAUCCCAACCAAAUGGAUUCGCACCACCAUCUGCACCACCAGCGCAAGGCAGCCGUGGAGGUGGUGCGCCAGCAGAUGGAUGAGGACAUGGAGGAUCGGGACUCCAACGAGGAUGACGAGGCCACACCCAUGAUGAGCGGCGUGGGGCGCAAGGAGCAGAACAACCGACGCAGCGUGGUCAGCGCCAAUACGCAAAUGGACAACGAUGUCACGCCCGUUUACUUGGCGGCGCAGGAGGGCCACUUGGAGGUGCUCAAGUUUCUGGUGCUCGAGGCCGGCGGCUCUUUGUACGUCCGUGCACGCGACGGCAUGGCACCGAUCCAUGCCGCUUCACAAAUGGGCUGCUUGGAUUGCCUCAAAUGGAUGGUCCAAGAUCAAGGCGUGGACCCCAAUUUGAGGGACGGCGAUGGAGCCACGCCCCUGCACUUUGCCGCCUCCCGAGGUCACCUGUCCGUGGUCCGUUGGCUGCUCAAUCAUGGAGCUAAACUAUCCCUGGAUAAAUAUGGCAAGUCACCCAUCAACGAUGCCGCAGAAAAUCAGCAGGUUGAGUGCCUGAAUGUCUUGGUUCAGCAUGGCACCUCGGUGGACUACAAUGGCAAGGGCAGCUCGCAGCGACACAAGUCGCAGCAGCAACUGCACCACCAGCAACAUCAACAGCAGCAACAACAGCAGCAUCAGCAGCAGCAACAACACCUGAGCAGUAGCUGCAACUCGAACUCGAACUCCUCGAAGCAGACGAGUCGCAGUAAUACCAUCAAAUCCAAGUCCUCCUCGACUUUGAGCUCUGAUGUGGAGCCCUUCUACUUGCAUCCACCGGCCAUAGCAGGCGGAGCUGGAGGAUCAUCAAUGGGCUUGGGCAUGGGCAUGGGCAUUGGCAUGAACGUGGGCAUGGGCAUGGGCAUGGGCCUGGGAAUAUCGAGGAAGAACAGCGAUGCCCUGUACUCCCAGCAAUCGAGGAGUUCAUCCGAGAAGCUAUACAAUGGUUCGUCCUCUUUGGGUGGCAAUCCGGGCGGCAACAGUUCUUCAGGAGGCGGAGGAGGAGGUGGAGGUGGCGGCGGUGGUGGUGGAGGUGGCGCCCUGCUGCCCAACGAUGGCUUGUAUGUGAAUCCCAUGCGAAAUGGCGGAAUGUACAAUACGCCCUCGCCAAAUGGCAGCAUCUCGGGGGAGUCCUUCUUCCUGCACGAUCCGCAGGAUAUCAUCUACAACCGUGUGCGCGAUCUGUUUGUGGACUCCGAUUGCAGCAGCAGUGUGAAGCAGCAUGGCAAGAGUCACGCCCACGGCCACCAGCUGCUGCAGUCGAAGGCGGGCAAUGCCAUGACCAUACAGGCGGAUGUCCAUUCCAGCUCCAGUGGAGCGGGCAGUGGCUCCGACGAGUCCGUGUCCAUCUCGUCCAGCUUCAAUUCGCCGAAGCAGCAGCAGCAGAUGCGCAGCCAGAGCUUCAAUCGCCAUGGCAGCAGCAGCAACAUUAGCAACAUCAGCGCCAGUGGCAACAUGAAAAGCAACAACAACUACAAGCCGCACAAGGGAAUGACGAGCAAUCAGAAUGGCGGCGGGGAUCACGACUACGAGGAUAUCUAUCUGGUGCGCGAAGAGUCGCGCAAGCAGCACCAGCAGCAGCAGCAACAUCAACACCAACACCAGUUGCAGCAGCAACAGCAGCAGCAGCUGCAACAUCAGGCCGUGCAACAGCAACAGCAGCAGCAGCAGCAACACAAAUACAACGUGGGGCGCUCGCGAUCGAGGGACAGUGGCUCCCAUUCGCGUUCAGCCAGCGCCAGUUCCACCAGGAGCACGGACAUUGUUCUGCAGUACAGCAAUCAUCACUUGAACAACAAGCGCAACAUGAACAACAGCAGCAACAUGAACAACAGCAGCAGCAACAUUGCACUCACCAAUAACAACAAUAACAGCCUGCUGAAUCGCAAUAAAUCGCAUUCGAUUAUUGGAUUGCACAGCAGCAAGUACGAGUCCUCGCUGAAGGAUAACUACAGUGCGAAGAAUGUGAAUCUGAAGAACCAGCUUCUGAACGGCGGCAUCAAGAGCGACACCUACGAGAGCGUCUGUCCGCCGGAGGAUGUGGCCGAGCGGACCAAGCAAACGCACAAGAACUCCAUGAUCCGUAACAAUCUGGCGGAUGCCUCGACCAACAACAAUAAUAAUAACAACACCAGCGGCAGCAUCAGCAACAUCAACAACAUUGGCAACAUGAACGGCGGCAAUCAGAGCAGCAGGAAUCUCAAGCGGGUCUCCUCGGCGCCACCCAUGCAAAAUUUGGCCGUGGUUAAUGGACCACCUCCACCACCAUUGCCGCCUCCAUUGAGGGCACCCGUUCAACAGCAGCGCAACAACUUGAACGCCGAACAGCAGAACAACAUGAACGCCAACAAUAGCAUCUACAACAAGAAUGUCUACGGAUCGAGCCAGGCUCAAACCAACCCUGGUGGAGCUGGUGGUGCAGCUCCUCCUCCAGUUCCAGCUCCCAAUCCCGUGGUCACUGAGGCCGUUGACUCCGAUUCUGGACUCGAGGUGGUCGAGGAGCCGAGCUUGAGGCCAUCGGAACUGGUGCGCGGCAACCACAAUCGCACCAUGUCCACCAUAUCGGCGAACAAGAAAGCCAAGCUGCUUAAUGCCAGCAGCACAAAUGGCGUUAGUGCCGUCAAUCCGGAGGAGUCCCGAUCCGGAGGAGCUGGAAAUGCUGGCAAUGGCAAUGCAAAUGGUAAUAGAGCCGCAGACAAUGCCCAUUUCUAUGGCUAUUCGGAGGGACCCAAGGGUCAAAGGAGCAAUGUGAAUGGCAAUGGGAAUGGAAACUAUCAACAGCCGCAUUAUCAGCCAACUGGCCAGCCACAUCAGUACACACCCAGCCUGUAUGGUGGAGGCUCCUCCGCCGAGGACCACUACGAGCUCACCCAGCAGCAGAUCUAUGGGGAAACCCAUUUGGCCGGCGGACAACGGACCGGUGGACCCAAUCUGGUCAACAAGCAGCUGGUGCUGCCGUUUGUGCCGCCCAGUUUUCCCAAUAAAUCACAAGACGGCGUCACGCAUCUCAUCAAGCCGUCCGAGUAUCUCAAGAGCAUCAGCAUCGACAAGCGUUCGUGUCCAUCCUCCGCCCGCUCCACGGACACGGAGGACUACAUGCAGAUACAGAUCGCCCAGCAGCAGCAGGUGCACCACUCGCAGCUCCACUCGCAGCAUCCACAGUCACAUCCCCAUCCACAUUCGCACCACCCCCAUCCGCAUCAGCACCCACAUCCACACCACCCCCACCAGCUGCAUGGAAUGGGCGAGCAGCCGCCGUUGCCUCCUCCGCCGCCACCGCUGCCCCAUGGAAUGCUGCCGCCGCAGCCACCGAUGGGUGGUCCGCCAAUGGGCGGAGCAGGCGGCCAGGAUGCCACCAUGAAUGGCAAAUCGCACAAGCCCAAGAAGCCGCACGGAUCGGCGCCCAACAGCCAGGACACGGCCUCCAGGAAGCAGCACCAGCCACUGUCGGCCAUCUCCAUUCAGGAUCUGAACAGCGUCCAGCUGCGCCGCACGGACACACAGAAGGUGCCGAAGCCCUACCAGAUGCCCGCGCGCAGCCUGAGCAUGCAGUGUCUGACCUCCAGCACGGACACCUAUCUCAAGUCCGACCUAAUUGCCGAGCUGAAGAUCUCCAAGGACAUACCCGGCAUCAAGAAGAUGAAGGUGGAACAGCAGAUGGCCAAUCGGGUGGACUCGGAGCACUAUAUGGAGAUCACCAAGCAGUUCUCGGGCAACAACUAUGUGGACCAGAUACCGGAACGGGAUCAGGCCGGCAACGCCAUACCCGACUGGAAGCGUCAGAUGAUGGCCAAGAAGGCGGCCGAGCGGGCCAAGAAGGACUUCGAGGAGCGCAUGGCCCAGGAGGCGGAGUCGCGCCGACUCUCCCAGAUUCCCCAAUGGAAGCGGGACCUAUUGGCUCGGCGCGAGGAGACGGAGAACAAGCUGAAGGCGGCCAUCUACACGCCCAAGGUGGAGGAGAACAACCGGGUGGCGGACACCUGGCGACUGAAGAACCGCGCCAUGUCCAUCGACAACAUCAACAUCAAUCUGGCCGGCAUGGAGCAGCACUACCAGCAGAUCCAGUUCCAGCAGCAGCAGCAACAGCAGCAUCAGCAGCAGCAGCAACAGCAACAGCAUCAGCAGCUCCAGUUGGGCAACAAGGAGAACCAUGGCGAUCUAAAGGGCAUUCAUCAGGAUCAGGAUCUGGAGCAGGGCGGCAAUGGCGGUGGCGUCGGUGGAGUCCAGGAGCUUCUCGAGCCAUCAUCAGACGGCAGCCAGGGACACGCUGAGGAGGAAGAGGAUAACAUCAUUCCGUGGCGCGCCCAGCUGCGCAAGACCAACAGUCGCCUCAGCCUGAUCUAAGCCCCCAUAUAUGUGACCCCAAAAACCCAUCCUAUCACUCGACUCCCAAGCGGUGCAUUUUUUUUUUGUUUUUUUUUUUUGAAUAACUUAAAGCAUGUGCAAUUAUAAAAAAAAAGAAAACCUAAAUAUAAACCAUAAAAACUAAGCCUAAGUUGUAGCUACUUACAUUGUACUAUAUGCAUUAUCAUAACCCCCUAUUAUUACGCCUAAUUGUACUCGAUGUUUUUUUUUUCGUGGCAAAAAGAAUAUUGUUAUUCCUAGGGUGCAGUAUCGCAAGGCGAAUCAACCGUAUAUGUCUUAUCUUAACUGCUGUCCUUAAGUUCUAUUUCGGUGUUGUAUUUUUAUCAUUUUUACUCUUCAUUAUUUUAUUAUUUUUUUUGCGACUCGGCUUGAAUUUACUAAGUAAUGGCAUUAAUUUAAUUGUCUUGGUUAAGCAUUUUUUUAUUGUUAUUUGUUUUUAUAUACGCGGCUCAAACAAUAUUAUUAUUAAUUACAUAAAUACAUAUUACAUCUAUAAAUAAACAAGCGAACGAACGA